AAAAAAUGCACCUCCCUUAUAUGUAGUAUACAUCCAAUCCAAUAAUGUAUCAUCCAUCCUUUAUUGAGCCAAUCCUAUAAAUCCCUCUAUUAUUCACAACAAUAUCACAGAAAGUUGUAACCUAAGUUCAUCAAAAUGUCAGCAAAAUCUCUGCCCACAAGCCUACUUUUAUUAACAGUCCUGGUGACCAUUUUCUUAACCAGAUCAAGUACAUCGCAGACGACAGAAAACUGCGUUCGAUUGGUUCAAAGUCUGGUUCCAUGCCUGGAUUAUGUCACAGGAAGAUCCACAGAACCAACAGGGAAUUGUUGCUCUGCAUUUGGGAAUGCGAUUUAUAGCAGUAUUGCUCCCAGCUGCCUUUGUCAAGCCUUUAGGGAUGAUACUGCUGGACAGUAUGGUGUUAAUACUACACUUGCUCUUUCACUUCCUUCUCAGUGCCAUCUAAAUUCAACUCCCCUUAUCGGAGAUUGCAACGAUAAGACUUCGUUGGUUGGAUCUUCAGCUUGACAGUUUCUAUAAGUGUGGUACAUGGUGGAAAAAUAACAGUCUACUUUGAAAUGUAUUUUUAGGUUCUCUAUAUUUUGAGCAAUAAAUUAAUUAAGGCGAUUAUGCAGUGUAUUUUUAAUUAUUACAAUCAUGUUGAUAGGGAAAGUGCUUUCCCUUUAAAUUUAAUGGUAGAUACAAUUAUCUUCAAGUGAUUAAAAAAAAGUCUAACAGGACCGUUAAAUAUCCUUAUUACGCCAGAAAAACUCUUGAGAGAUGGUUCAUCUUUUAAAAUGUUUCUUCGGAAAGUAACCAGCGAAAAACAAAGAAACUGGUCUGCCAUUGAUAUCAAAUUUGAAAAUUAAAAAUUCGUAUUUUUAUAUAGUCAAAUUAAGUGCUCCUCUGUCUUGAAAAUUAAUUGUUUAAUUUGGAAUUUUAUUUUAAAAACAAUUUAUAAUAUUAAGUGAAAAUUUCAAACUGAAAAAUCAUUUUGGAAGAAAUCAGUAUUGAGUGUAACCAAUUUGAUUAUAUUUGUGAUUCAUUUCCAAUAUAUUACAUGAACGCAAUUGAAAUUUCAG